AUGUCCUACCGGGGAGAAGGCCUUCCAUACAUCGGCGUGAAACUGGCCAAGGCUACUUUGGUACCCAUCGCACGUACAUGCCGCUAUAUAGUUCUCUCUGAUGUAUGUUCUAUACACGUUAGUACUAAGUCUGUGCGUGAAGAGGCUCGCCUCUCUAUGGCACCUCCAAGCUCAUUUCAAUUUCAUCAACAGCAAAUUCAACUUCAAACGGAACAACACAAAAUUGAAUUCGAGACGAUUCAAUAA